ACUCACCCUUAACUGCCGUCUAGCUCAAAGCGUGCUCUCUCUCCCUCUCUCGCGCCUGCUAUUAUAUCUCCACCAGCGUCCUCUCCUCUCCUUAUGCUUUGUUUCUUCUGUCACCUUGACUGCCGAGCUAUCACUGGUGAUCACCCUCCUUAGCACCUCCCUUUGAUAAUUCAGCCAUGGCCGAAGAAGAACCCAAGACGGUGGAGCCCCAGGCCCCGUUGGAGCCUCCACCGGCUCUGGCGCCUGAGCCUGAGCCGCUGGUGGAGAUUCCAAAGGACGUCUCGGGGAAGAAGCCCGUGAUCCCGCCGCCUCCCAAGGAGGAGGACGAGCCCGAGGCACCCAAGGCCUUCUCCAUCUUCAAAAGGCCUGCUGAGACUUUUGAAGAGAAAGUCCUCGAAAAUUCUGUUCACCGAGACAGGGAGCUAGAUAGAGUCGAAACAGAGAAGAGGAUGUCUCUCAUCAGAGCAUGGGAAGAAAGUGAAAAGAGCAGAGCAGAGAACAAGGCUCACAAGAAAUUAUCUGCGAUUGAGGCAUGGGAGAACAGGAAAAUAGCAUCUGUCGAAGCUGAGCUGAAGAAAAUUGAGGAAAAGCUGGAGAGAGAGAAGGCGGAAUAUGUGGAGAAAAUGAAGAACAAAACUGCUCUUUACCACAAGGCCGCAGAGGAAAAGAGGGCCCUCAUAGAAGCCAAACGAGAGGAAAAUAUUCUCAAGGCAGAGGAAAUAGCCGCUGAGAACCGCGCCAAAGGGACCACUCCCAAUAAGCUCCUCAGUUUCUUUUGGGGCUGAAGAUUUUUUUGACCAUGUUGUGUAAUCAUCAAUACAUACUGUAAAUGUUAUUGUUUAGGUUUCAUUUGUUAGGCUAUUAUAUCAUCUUGCUGCUGAUUUGGUGUUAGUCGUUAUUGUUGGUAGCUGAGUCUUCUUUGGGUGUACAUGACAGUUCUGUCAAACAUGUCUGAAACGUGUAUAAGUUCAGUUUAUGAACUUCGUGUGAACAAGGGUUUGUUUUAGACA